AUGUCAACCAAUGGAGAUAUCACAGCUAAUGAUGUUCAAGACUCUGAUACAAGUACUAGGGUUGGUGAUAAAAUCAAAAUUGCAUUUCAUGGUUUAGAUAAUAAAUUAUACUUUGCACUAAAACCAACAACUAAGUUAAGAAAGAUUGCCGAAACAUUUGCUGAACAUGCUAAUGUUGACAUUGAAACAAUUAAAUUUUCGUUAGAUGGUCGUACCAUUUCUAUCAAUUCAACUCCAAGAGAUUCUGGUAUGGUUAAUGCUGAUGUUGUUGACGUUACUUCUCAAACAGAUGGUGGUUAUUAUUAUUGCUGUUAA